UUCAUAAUUUUUUUUUUUUUUUGCUUAAAAUGUUUUACUUGCUAUACUUGCAGUGCAGUAAUAGCUGCUCAUAUCAUAAUAAUUUUGAUAAUUUUUACUGCGUUCACUCGUUUGUCAUGUGACCUCGUCGUUGUGGGUGUGUGUGUGUGUGUAUGACCAAUAAAACAAUUCAUUACUUCUUGGUCGUUUUUGGGUUAAAUCUAAUUCUGUUAUAUACAUUUCGGCGCACAUAUUGUUUCAAUUAAUGUAAAUGCUUAAUUAUUUCAUAAUUCUAAAAUUUUUAUGGCAGCAUAAAGCUAUUUUGCGCCAUUUGCGAUUAGGAAAAUCUGCAUAAGCACUUGUAAAUAUGACUUCAAAAUUUUUAUGAUCACAAAAUUACUAAAAUGCAGAAAAAUGUCUGCAUGUUAGUUGCUUAAUGUUUGUAUGUAUGUAUAUUUGCCAUAAGCUGGCACUUUUAGACAAACAUUUCUUGUAUGUUAUUGUUGUUAGCAAUUGACACAAAAAAUAUAAUAUUUUUUAUUAUUACUUUUUAUGUUUUUAGCAAAGAAGUUGAAGUACUAAGUAUUUAUUAAGUGUUUUUUGCUGCAAAAAUUCGUUUUUAUGUCAAUUGCUCAACAUAAUGUCUGACUCGUUGCUGCAAUACCUUCGUCGACAUUCAUUAAUUAUAUUUUAUUUUUACGCGAGCUUUUGUUCAGUUUUCUUGUUGUUCUCUGAGCAUUUAAAUAACACUUUGAAGUAGCUGUCAUGCCGCAGCCGAUAUCCAUAAUCCGAAUAGGCAGAUUUAACCACUCUUCUCGCAAGCACUAGAAAUGUGUUGAGCAUAGUUUUAAGAGCAAAAAUCGUAAAUGGACUGAAUAAGAGUACGCAUGAAUAAAACAAAAUUAAAUCGAUUAUCAGUAAAAGGAAUUCGGAAUUAUUGAUAAUUAUCAAAUAAUAUAUGGUAUUUUUUCAAUACACCAAAAUCAAUUAUUUUUUAAUUUGUUUGAACAAUUUUAAUUUUUUACAAUAACCGGGACGAUAUGGUGCUGAAAAUUCAAUACUCUACAAAAAGCAAAUCAUAUCCUCUCGAACUUCAAUACUAUGAAUAAAAGGCAUACAAUAUUUGAAAAUAUGUUUAUAUUAUUGUUCAUAAAGAGCAGCAUGCAGAGCUGUGAUCGAAUUUUUUUUAAAUUUUUUGUGAUCGAAGUGACGUAAAGAUUUGAACCAUUUCCCUCAUUUAAUAUCUGUUGAUGAAUAUUUUUUAAAAGCACCAGUCUGAUUUAUUUGAAAAAUAUUAUGUAAAUAUCACAUAACGUCUACUGUUCUCAGUGAAUCAAUUCAAAAUGUGCAAAAAUAUGGUUUUCUGUGCAUAUUAUCGAAAAAAACUAUAAUUUUCUACAUUCUUAUAUAACAAUAUACUUUAAAUUCAUUUUAAGAAAAUGACAAAUUAACCUUCAUGAACGCAUAUGCUUAGUAUUUUUUGCAAAUAUUUUUAUAUUUCAUACAAAUAUGAUCAAUAGUCUAUAAACUAAACGCCCACGCUGUAUUUUGUUUUACAUAUUUAGUUUUACUUAACUAAAAUAAAAUAGCAAUAAUAUACGACGAUUAUUAAGUAUACGAUAACAAAUACAGAUUAAUGUUUGCACAUUUCCGUAAAACCCAAAAAAAGCUUCGUUCGUCAAUUUUAACAUCCAAAACAUUAUACCAAAAAAAUGUUCAAAAUUAAAAAGUAUGAAUCAGGGUUGCAAAAAAUAAUUGCGUAAAGAUUUGAAUUAAAUUUUUUUUUCAUUUUGUAAUCCCAAAUACGGGAUUAAAAAAAAUAUUUUAGUCCCGCAUACUGGAUUACAAAAAAAAAAUUUUUAAUACCAAAAACCAACUACUGGAUUGAAAAAUUAAAUGACAAAUUUUACUCUCAUGCAUAUAUGUAGUUAAGAACUAAAAAUAGGGUUUACUUUAGAACUAACAUUUUUUGCCUCAACCGAAUCAAAAAAAAAUUUUUUCAAUUUUAAAUUUUGAAUCCCAAACAUCUUGCACAAAAAAAUUAAAAUCAUUUGUAUGGAACCCACAACCAAAACGCGACAAGAGGUGUGUAGCUGCGAUAAUAUAGAACUUACAGCCUAAAUGUAGACCACGAAACUCCUAGAGGACCUGGCUUUAGAAUAAGUGUGUAAUGAUGUUAAAAGAUUUUGCAAGAAAAAUUAAUAAUAAAAAAUUUUUCUAAAUAUCUUUAACAACUUUUUAAGGAAGUAUCUGUUUUCAUUAACAUUAAUAAUAUGGAGAGUUGUCCCAACUGGCUUAUGCUCAACAUAAACUAUAAACUUCACUCGCCCUCACUAAAAACUUGUCUAAGAAGUCGAAUCACAUGACAAAUACACAAGUAUUUUUUAAUCUCUCUCUAAUAAAAAAGGUAGCUUCAUCAAAAAAUAAAAACUUCAAAAUUGUUUUUUUACAGCAAAGCUUGAAAUGGGCACAUCAAUUUUUUGUAUAAAUGAAAAUUGAAAACUUAAACAUUACAUUCGUGGCCACCAAAUGUUAUAUGCACCUGAUAUGUGUAGAUAUGCGUAUGUGUGUUAUUUAAUACAUAUGUGUGUAUGCAAGCGCAUCGGUUAAAAGGUCAUGCUGCAGAUUGGAAACUUCAACAGUAGUCUAUUUACUCAGAUGUAGCAUAAAGGUGUUCAACGCCUCUACUAGCAAACUAGUUUCGCCCAUUGAAUGCGCUUUUGUAUGUAUGUAUAAAUCUGUUUUUGUAAGCAACUGUGCUUCAAAGUGAAAAAAAAACAAAAAAGUGUAAUGUAAUCGAUGAUUUUUUUUUUUUUGUUAAAUCUCCACUUCAAAAAUUAACGCAUUUAUUUGUUGGUGACUUGUUGCCUUCUCUACUAUUUACCAUUACAAACACUUUUGUUUAUGAAAGUAUUUGUUAAAAAAAUUAUUUACCCGCAAUAUUGCAUACAAACCGAUAUGACCAAAAGUCAUUAAGAGUCAUUGUUAACAAUAUGCAUACGAAGUAUGUAUGUAAAAUCUGUAAGUAUCUAUAGUAUUAAUUCAAGAAAACAUUUUAUGCCACUAAGCAAGCCCGUUUUAAAACAUUUAUUAUUUUUUAUGAAGUCUAAGUAGUAACUAAAAAUUUUUGGUACUACGAAAGUCAUCUCUGGGGCGCUGAAACAACUAAUUGAAGUCUAACAUAAAUCUGCUCUAUGAAAAAUAUCCCUGAAAUAAUCAGUAUAUGCUAAGCACUUAUCAACCUUCACAUAAAACACCAAUAAGCUUGUUUUGACCUCAGUGCAGCUCUAAUCAUAGAGAAGAGAUUAUUCAAAACACCUAACCUCAACCAGUCAAACAAAUGGAUGCUUUGGGUAAAGGUUUUUUAUACCAGAGAUACCACUGUAUCCAUCGUAUUAAUGACUUUUAGCGAUUUGAGUCGAUAUUGUCCAAAAAAUUAGAAAAGAUCUGUUGAAAUCUAUGAAACUAGUGCUCUCAGCUCAAAAACUUUGAUAAUAAAAAUGAAAGAUCCAAACCACUUCGCAACUUAAUUUGAUUUGCCUUUUUUUAUUACCUUUGUUCGAAUUCUGCUCUUUCGAAAAAAUUAAAAGCAAAAUCAAAAUUGACCGGUGGAAUUCAGAAUUUGAAGCACUGAAAUCUACAUAUUCAGUUAGAAUAGUUAUCGAUAAACAACUAUGCGAAAAGUCUGACACUCUUACUUACUAUUUAUUUGCAAAGGCUUCGGAUUUCAUCAAAUAUAAUAUCGAAAGUAAAAUAUUUCCCAAACCCAUUCCCAAAUUAAAUAGUUAUUGAUAUUUCCCAUUAUAACCGUUAUCUUUAUAUGUGAAUGUAAAAGCUUGUAAUAAAAACAAAAACAAUCAAACAAUCGUGCAUUAAACACAAUCGUUCAACAACAACACUAUAUCACUUGAAGUCAAAGUUUACAAGCAAAAAUGGAAAGAUAAAAAACGUAACAAACUAUUGCCUUAACUCCAGCCCACAUAUACUUGCCUAUAUAUAAUACAUACUUAUGUAUGUAAGCACAGCUUGUCAGCAGAAACAAUCUCAUGUGAGUACAACACAAGAUGUUGCAUGCGCCAGCGCAGCAUCUGCUGCAUUCCCAGCUGAGCUUGAGCCAAAGCAAAGCGCAAUUGCCAAGCUGAGCAGCAGUCUGUCAUCAAUGGCUCGGCUUGGUUAGUUGGUGAGCGCCGCUUUGGCUGCCCUUUUUAGCUUUACAACCAGGCAGCAAAACUACGAUUGUAGCCAGUCACUUUAGCGCAACAAGUUGUAUAUUUUUUCGGCUGCAACUUGACGCUUGCCGAUCAGUCGCCUACUCGACGGCCAAACGUGCAGUUCACACAGCUCAAGCUGUCCAAAAAACAAGCAAAGCCACACUUAGUGCUUCAACUAAAAUUUCAAUCAACUUUAGUGAGAGUGUACUUUACACUGUUAAUUCGGAAAUUUUGAAAAUGUAAAUAAAUGCGCAUUAGAAUAAAAGAGAAAAAAAGUAGCAGAAAAGUUUUCGAAUUUCAUUGAAAUUUCCAUUGCAAAUAAUUUGGACUUUUUGGGUGCAAAACGAAAUAGCACAAAAAAACAAAAUAAGAAAAAAUGCUGAAUUGAUUGAAUUAAAGCGCAACAACAACAAUACUAAAGAAUAACGGAGGCGCGAAUUGCAAGCCUUUAUGAGUGUGCGUUGAAUUUUCUUAUCUGGCUUUAGUGGCCUUUCGCUUAUCACUGCCUAUUCUUUGCUCCAUAUGCGUUUAUUAUUAAAAUCAUUGAGUACAUUUUGAAAAUAAAUUAAAGUAAACAAUCAAACACAAAAAAAUACUCAACAUGAUCCCCCUCGAUGAAGUGAGCAUUUACACAUUGCUGAGAAUGGCGUUCGUUUGGCAACUACUGUCGUUCGGUGUCUAUUUGGUGGGCCUCCUGGCCAUCGCCAUAUUCUUCUUUGAUAACUUCAAAUCGGUGGUGUUGAUCGUAAAGGCGAUUCUGGAGCCAUAUUUUCAGCCUCAACUACCGCAGACACUGUUGGAGAAGUUUGGAAAGUGGGCAGUAAUCACCGGUUCAACGGAUGGCAUUGGACGGGAAUAUGCUAAAGAAUUAGCCAAACAAGGCAUAAAUGUGGUGCUCAUCUCGCGUACCAAGGAGAAGCUCAUAGCGGUAGCAGAGGAGAUCGAAAAUGAGUACAAAGUGAAGACAAAAUGGAUCGUUGCAGACUUCGCCAAGGGGCGUGAGGUGUAUGCACACAUUGAACGGGAGCUGAGUGGCAUACCAGUAGGCAUAUUGGUUAACAAUGUUGGCAAAAUGUACGACUACCCCGAUGAGCUCUCAAAAAUACCCGAAGAUACUAUUUGGGAUCUGAUCAAUAUAAAUGUCGCCGCUGUAACCAUAAUGUCGCGGAUGCUCAUACCAGAACUGAAGAAGCAGAAACGUGGUGCUAUUGUCAAUAUAUCAUCUGGCAGUGAAUUGCAGCCUAUACCCUAUAUGGCGGUUUAUGCCGCUACCAAGCGCUAUGUGAGAUGUUUCUCUCAAGCGGUCGAGCGUGAAUUGGCCGAACAUAAUAUAACAGUACAGUGUGUCACACCGCUCUUUUUGGUUACAAAAAUGAAUCAAUAUUCGGAUACAGUUAUGAAAGGUGGAUUUCUAAUACCGGAUGUUAAGAGCUUUACGCGCUCAGCUGUUUUUACUUUAGGCAAAUCGGCAGAGACGACGGGAUAUUGGACACAUGGCCUGCAGUAUUUUUUCAUGAAACUGAGUCCAGAGUGGCUGCGCAUACGUAUUGCUCAUGUGAUGACACGACAGUUGCGUCUAGAGUACCUGAGGACCCAUGGGAAAAAGGUGUGAAAGACUGAAACAAAAUUUUUUAAUUUCUAUAAUUUUCGAAAUUUUCACUAUCAUUCACUUACUCAUGUAUUGUAUAUACAUCCACAUAUUGCGUUAAGCAUUCAUCUUUGGUCUAUGUAGAGAUAACCUGAAAAAUUAAUUUAUUAAUUUUUGGUUUUUUUGAAGUUAUUAAUAAAAUUUUAUUUUAAAAAUUUAAAA